AUGGAGCACACAUUUAAUAAAAAGUGUAAAAGAGAAAACUCAAGCAUUAUUUGGGACCAUUUUUCUGAAGAAUAUGAUAAUGAGGAGAAACAAUUAUAUAUUAUUUGUCAAAAACAUCUUUUGCAAAACCAUAGAAUUGAUAAAGAUCAUCCAAAAGAGCCAGAAAUUACAGAUG